UCGAGUUUUCCUCUCUUUGCACAGUCAGUCUCAUCAUCCUUGAUCCUGCAUCUGCUCGCGUCUCCAUUCAUUCACCGGUCAAAUAAAGGGGGCAGAAUGGGAGCGAAGCUCAGUCGGAAGAAGAGUGAAGUAGGGAUAGGAGCAGAGACAACAGCUCCAGCUGUAGAGGAGUCUGCAACACCAGAGGACUCCACUGUGACUGAGAAUGCAGAGCAGAAAAGUGAGGUUCCAGAGGGCAAGACGGCCUCUUCAACCAGUGUUCUGCAGACCAUUACACAAGCUGUUGAAGAAACGGUCGAUGCAGUCACUGAACAGAUAUCUGCACCGGUGGAAGAUGUUGUAAACAAAGGUAUCGAAGCAGUGGAGUCCGCAUUGGCAUCCGUCAGCCUGAUUGGGAAGGAACCUGCCGCUCCAGAGCAGAAGUCUCAACCUGACCUCGAUGCUUCUGAUGUUCGUCAAGAACCCAGUCUCUUGGAUGACCUGCUGAAAUCUCCUAUCUCUGAAGCCCUCAUUACUGGAGUCACAAUGGCAAGUGAAGCCAUAACCAAUGAGACGAUGGAAGACAAAGUUAGUAGUCCUGCACCAGCUGAGAACAAGGAUUUGUUGGAAUGUCUGGAUAAGGUGGAGACACCCUCAUUGGACCUCCUGGAUUGUAAACUGACCCAUGAAUCCACAAUCCCUAAUUCGGAUCCUUCAUUCACUUUGGAAGAUAUGGGACAGAACGCAGUUGACAAUGUCAACGUUAUAUAAAUCACUACACUCGCCUCUAGAAAACAGUAGCAGCUGGAUGAUCGUAAAAUAGGGCUGUGUCAUUCAGGAUUGAUCUGGGAUAGCAAUUUGAAUUUGAAACUAAGUGCAAAUUAAAUAACUUUUUUUUUUUUUUUUUACUUUUUAUAAUUAAAUAACCAAAAUCUGUAUUUGGACAAAAGUUUAAAAGCCUUGAUUUCUGCACAAGUGUGUCAUGAGAAAGUUGAAAGAGCCCUCUGAAUGAGGAAACAAGUCACCUCAGAUGUCAGAUGUUAUGCCUCCUGAUUCAUAUUUUUUUCUUCUAUAUUCUUCCAAGCUCUUGGCAAUUGUGUAUGAAACGUGCAGCCAAUCUCCCAUAGAAGAGGAAAAGAAUGUACAUUAAAACAAUGAUUGUAGUAAAGGAAAAUAAAGACUGCAAGACAUUACAAAAAUGUUCUUUUCUUGAUCUGUAUUUUAUACUAGGCAUUUAAUAAAAUUUGUGGAAUGUAUUCAUGUCUUCCGAACAAAAGUGCAGUCUGUGAAAAUAAUUUGACACAACAUUACCACAGGGCUGUAAAUAAUACCAAACUCAACAUAAUAUUGUGUGAACUAUCCCAAAACAUAGGAGUUUCCCGGGAAUUUUCAGGGAAGAUAACAUGCACUAUCUCUCUUUUAUGCACAUCUUAAGUUUUCUCAGAGAAUCUUCUGGGGAGAGGGGCAACAUUCUUUCCACAGAAAAGGGGUCUCAUGGGAGUUUUUUUUUUUUUUUGGUUAACUUUCUGGCUCUUGUCCUAAGAAACUUUGGAUUUAUUCAAAUAAACAUCCUUCCACUGAAUUUUCUGUACUUAGUGUGUAACAAAGUUUUUAAUAAAAUAUUAAGCCGCUUUUGCUCGCUGGCCUGGAAUCUCAA